AUGGCCAUUCCACUCUCCUACCAUGCAUCUGUUGAUCAACAAGUAUGGCCUCACACGUCCAAUGGAUGCUACUCUGUCAAGUCCGGAUAUCACCUUUGUUGUCUCACCGGUAACCCUCUUCAAUCAGUACAUCCUCACACCUCUUUCCAAGUAGAUUAUACUGUUUUGAAAUGGAUCUGGGGUUUUUGUGCGACUCCCAAGGUGAAACACUUCAUAUGGAAAGCCGUCUCAAAUGCAUUAGCUACCGGCGAUAAUCGUCAUCUUUAUGUGACUCACAACCGGAGACUAUUGAACAUAUUGUUUUCACGUGCUUUACAGCCACAAAAGCAUGCUUGGAUUCAUCAACUUAUCACAGACUGGCAAUCUGAACCUUUUAAUUCCUCGAAAUUUACCGAGGUGGCCUACCUACUCUGGCAGUUAUGGAAGCAUCGCUGUGAUUGUAUUUUUCAUCGCAAACCACCCGACCCCUUUGUUGUGGUUUCGCGGGCGACUGCCGCAGCCUACGAAUUCUCUGAAGCUAACCACAAGUUGAGUCGCAUUGACAAUGGGACCACUUCAUCAUUGUCCUUACAGCUUUGGGAGCCACCUCCCCCUGGUAUCAUCAAGAUAAAUGCAGAUGCUUCCUGGCACUUAGAAUCACUUGGAGGUGGAAUUGCUGCUCUCUUUCGAGACUCCUCUGGUUUGCUCCUCCACGGUGUGACCAAGUAUGUUUGUACCUCUUCUCCACUGCUUGCGGAAGCCUUGGCUUUUAGAGAGGCUUUACUCCAUGCUCAUGAUCUCUCUCUGACCGAUAUCAUCAUCACUUCAGACUCUCAAGGUCUUAUUCACGCCUUUUCGCACUCAUCUCAUCAUUCUCAUUGGUCUAUAGCUCCUAUCGUCUCUGAUAUCCGAAUUUUGGCUGAUUCUUUUAGCAACCUCAACUGGUCUUGGACCAGCAGAAAAGCCAAUGUUGCGGCAGAUCACAUUGCUACGUUGACAUACAGGAGGGUGUGCCCACCCACGUGGGUUUCGCAACUGCCUCCCUCCUUGCAACUUAUUUUGCUUUCUGAUGUUACCUCAACUGAACCUUAG